AUGAAACGAAUUGCAGGGCCCGAAGGACCAGCUGGAGCACCAGGAGAGCCAGGAAAAGCAGGUACAACAGUGAAAGGGGUGCCAGGGCCGAAAGGGCCAGUGGGACCAGAGGGUCCACCGGGAGAAGCUGGAGCUGAGGGAGAAGCCGGAGCUGCCGGGCCGCCGGGACCGGUCGGUCCAGCUGGAGAAGCGGGUGCUCCAGGAGCAGAUGGCUCGAAUGGUGAACCUGGUCAACCCGGUGUUGUCGGUAUUCCUGGUAGC